AAGCGCUGACGUCACCGCCGCCGCGCCGCCGCCGCCGCUGCCGCUUCCUCGCGGACGGAGCCUUGGUUGCCGGGGCGACGGAGGAAUCGGCCGCCCGGCCUGACCCCGAGGCCUCCUCCCCUCUCCCGUCGCCCGGCCCGGAUGCCCGUCCGGCAGCUCGCAGGCUGGCGGAGGGUGGCAUGGAGGGGCGAGGCCCGGCCCUGAGCAGAAAGCAGCGCCUCUGAACCCUCCAGGCAAAUGGACAUCAAAGGCCAGUACUGGACCGAUGAUGAUUCUGAUGGAGAAAAUGAGUCCGAGGAAUUUUUAUAUGGAGUACAGGGAACCUGUGCCGCCGACCUAUAUCGACAUCCUCAACUGGAUGUGGACAUUGAAGCCGUGAAGGAACUCUACAGCGAGAAUUCCGUCUCGGUCCGGGAAUAUGGGACCAUCGAUGAUGUGGACAUCGACCUGCAUAUCAACAUCGGUUUCCUAGAUGAAGAGGUUGCCACCGCCUGGAAGGUCCUACGGACCGAACCCAUCGUUCUCCGACUGCGGUUCUCCCUUUCCCAGUAUCUGGAUGGCCCCGAACCGUCCAUCGAGGUUUUCCAACCAUCCAACAAGGAAGGGUUUGGACUGGGCCUACAGUUGAAGAAAAUCCUGGGCAUGUUCACAUCCCAGCAAUGGAAACACCUCAGCAACGACUUCCUCAAGACCCAGCAAGAAAAGCGGCACAGCUGGUUCAAAGCCAGUGGCACAAUCAAAAAAUUCCGGGCCGGUCUCAGCAUCUUUUCACCCAUUCCCAAGUCUCCCAGUUUCCCUGUCAUCCAGGACUCCAUGCUCAAGGGCAAACUUGGCGUGCCAGAUCUACGGGUCAACCGCCUGAUGAACCGCUCGAUCUCCUGCACGAUGAAGAAUUCUAAGGUGGAAGUUUUUGGCUACCCUCCCAGCACCCAGGCAGGUGUCGUCCCAUUCAACAUCCUGGUUGGUGGCCACUGCAAAAACAUCCCCACCUUGGAAUAUGGCUUUCUCGUCCAGAUUAUGAAAUACGCAGAGCAGAGGAUUCCUACUUUGAAUGAGUACUGUGUGGUAUGUGACGAACAGCAUGUCUUCCAGAACGGGUCCAUGCUGAAGCCAGCUGUGUGCACACGAGAGCUCUGUGUCUUCUCUUUCUACACCUUGGGUGUGAUGUCUGGUGCUGCGGAGGAGGUGGCCACAGGAGCAGAGGUAGUCGAUCUGCUGGUGGCCAUGUGCCGGGCAGCUUUGGAAUCCCCACGCAAGAGUAUCAUCUUUGAGCCUUACCCAUCUGUUGUGGAUCCCAGUGACCCCAAGACCCUUGCCUUCAACCCCAAGAAAAAGAAUUACGAGAGGUUGCAGAAGGCCCUGGACAGCGUCAUGUCAAUCCGUGAAAUGACUCAAGGUUCUUACCUGGAGAUCAAGAAGCAAAUGGACAAGUUAGAUCCUUUGGCCCAUCCCCUCCUACAGUGGAUCAUUUCCAGCAACAGAUCUCACAUUGUCAAGCUACCUCUCAGCAGGCAGCUGAAAUUUAUGCACACCUCACACCAAUUUCUCCUGCUGAGCAGUCCUCCUGCGAAGGAGGCUCGCUUCCGGACAGCCAAGAAACUAUACGGCAGCACCUUCGCCUUUCAUGGCUCUCACAUUGAGAAUUGGCAUUCCAUUCUGCGCAAUGGGCUGGUCAACGCAUCCUACACCAAAUUGCAGCUGCAUGGAGCAGCCUAUGGCAAAGGCAUCUAUCUGAGCCCCAUCUCCAGUAUUUCCUUUGGAUACUCAGGGAUGGGGAAAGGGCAGCACCGGAUGCCCUCCAAGGAUGAGCUGGUGCAGAGGUACAACCGAAUGAACACGAUUCCCCAGACGCGAUCCAUCCAGUCCAGAUUCCUGCAGAGUCGCAAUCUGAACUGCAUCGCACUUUGUGAAGUGAUCACAUCAAAGGAUCUCCAGAAGCAUGGCAACAUCUGGGUUUGUCCUGUGUCUGACCACGUCUGCACCCGGUUUUUCUUUGUGUACGAAGACGGCCAAGUCGGGGAUGCCAACAUCAAUACUCAGGACCCUAAAAUUCAGAAGGAGAUCAUGCGUGUAAUUGGCACUCAGGUCUAUACAAACUGAGGGGGUGGAGGAGCCCCUCCCUUCAGACUGUGCUGGCGCUGCCCCGGGGGGGCAGGAAAAGGGACCGUUGUUGGAGACCGUACAUGGACUCUGCCUGGCUGAAGACUGAGACUCAACAGAAGGAGCAACCCCGUCAACGUCUGGACCGUGGAUGCCAGGGAGGCAGCCCUGGAGGGGCCGCAGCAGUUCCAUCCUCCCCAUCCGUAAGAGUUGAUUGGGUGGACUUGGACCAAUUCCUGUGAACGGUUGGAAUGGUUAAGAGUUUGCAUGCCCACGUUUUCGGCGACGGCGUUUUUAACCGUGAAAACGAGCAAAAAACACAAAACAAAACAAAAAAAACCCCACAACGAAACAGAGAGCCCUGGAGAGAGAAAGAGAGAGAGAGAGAGAGAGAACGCGCGCGUGCAAGCAAGUGGUUUUAGCUUAUUAAAAUUCUCUUUGAAAAAAAGCAGCUCUUGGUGGCCCUGUGCCGGUCCUUUUCCAAAACCAGCCAGCAGAUGUUGAGUUUUUUCCUCCCUCUUGUUUAUGCAGGGCAGCGGUGCACUUCCCUUUGCGCACACUUUCUCCGUUUGUGUAUUUGUGUUUGUGUGUGUGUGAUGAGGUGGUUGUUUUUGUUAUUGUUGCAAUUAUACUUUCAGACCUUCAGGUCCUUUAUGGUAGGGGUCUCCAACCU